AUGACUAGUCUUAACUUCGAUGAACAAGACGGGAUUUUGAGAACAAUUUCAGAUGCACCUCCAACUCAUUACACGAUCAAAAUACAGUCGCUUUCAUUGCUAUCCGUACAUUCACUGGAGAAAUAUGAAUCAGGGGUGUUUGAAGCUGGAGGAUACAAAUGGAAAUUGGUUUUCUAUCCAAAUGGGAACAAGAGCAGGAAUGUGAAAGAGCACAUCUCUCUCUAUUUAGUAUUGGCAGGAGCAAAUGCCCCCCAGACUCGUUGGGAAGUGCAUGAUGCUUUCAGGUUGUUUUUGCUUGAUCAGAAUACUGGCAAAGUACUUGAAAAAAAUGAAAGGCACUUCCAGGGGAUGAAGCUUGACUGGGGAUUUGAUCAAUUCCUCUCUCUCAAAGCUUUUACUGACACUUCCAAUGGAUUUCUCAUGGCUGAUGCCUGCGUGUUUGGAGCGGAGGUCUUCGUUCGUAAAGAAAAAAGCACAUGCAAAGGAGAGUGUCUAUCAAUGAUCAAGGAUGCCGUUAUGUACAAGCAUGUUUGG